AUCAAAUGGAAUAUUUGUGGAGAAAAUAAGAAUUUUAUUUGUAGUCUGGACAAAGAGUUGGCAUGUUCGCUAUUAUUGUAUUAUGUUUAGGCUUAUUCAGUCCUAUUCAAGAUUUGUUAGCCAAAGAAGGUCAAGAAAACAAUGGCUGGUCUAUGAUUAUGGAAGUUGAAGUCGAAGAUCCUACCCAUAAUUCUUCAUUUUAUGAAACUAAUGGACAAAAUAAUUUAGUGAAUAAUUAUAAGAACCAAUAUUUCCAGGAGAAGAACAAUGAAACAUUACCAGACCAUGUUAAUGCUCACUAUUUGAUGCCUGAUGCAACCAGUUGUGGAUCGUUUUUGUGCCAUAACCAGGGACUAUGCUAUAUUGAUGUACAUUCAUCUUCUUCAAAAUGCCUAUGUUCACUUGGAUAUUCAGGUGAUUUUUGUGACAAAGUCAAUGAAGGUUACCAGUUUCCUUAUAUUGAGCAAGGUGGUUAUCUGAAAUUUCAUUUCAAAACGUCUGCACUAUACAGUCGUAUCAAUCAAAGUUUCAUGAAUAGAGAUCAUGAAGUGUCAAGCAAUAAUACUCAUACCUUCACAGUGGAUUUUGAAAUUCGACCAAAUCUUACUGAUGGAAUUUAUCUAUUAGUAUCUCAUGAUUCAAACAAAGGAGAUUUUAAGUUUUCACUCAGUAUUGAAAAUGGAUACGUAGUAUACAGAUCUCUACGAAUUUCUAAAACAAAUUAUGAACCAUAUUUUAAAGAGGAAAUCCAGGAAGUCAUUCCAUGGUCAGACGUUACACAAUAUGAAAAGUACUUGAAAAAUGUCUACGAUAUGGAGUACAGCUACGUCUCCUUUGGUGGACAUCCUGAUUUAACUAAAACAGGAGGUCCAAUCCAUUUUCUUGGUUAUACUUUUGAGAAAAGUUAUAGUGGAUGCAUACAGAAUAUACGAAUUAAUGAAAUUUCUAUAGAUCCCAGACGUAAGGCUUUUGUAGGAGAUGCUGUGGAUGGAUAUGGAAUUACUAACUGUGGUUUCGGCUUAUGUGAAAAGCUAAAAUGCAAAAAUAAUGCCACAUGUUUGCAAACUUCUGGUUCCAGUGUCAUCUGUCAAUGCCCUUUGGGAACUGCGGGUCAACAAUGUGAAAGUAAAGUUGAUCUAAUCAUGCCAUCCUACAAUGGAUAUUCGUAUACCGAGUAUAUCGGUUUGAGUGGAACAUCAUCAUCAUUCACCACAUUAGAACUUCAUUUUAGACCAUUAAAACCAGACGGACUGAUUUUAUAUGAAGGUUAUAGUCAUGAUAGGCGUGGAGAUUUCUUGGCUAUUAUUUUAGUCCAUGGAUAUGUUGUAGUGGCGUUUGAUUUAGGUUCUGGUUCGGCAUUUUUAAAAAAUGAUAAAGAAAUAAAAUUAAACGAAUGGCAUAUCAUACACUUCUGGCGAGUCGGUCGUGAAGGUUAUCUCCAAGUCGAUUCAGAUGAGCGGAUUAUGACAAACUAUUCACUUGGUUUACAAGUUCAGCUAACAUUAACUUACUCAUUAUUUCUUGGUGGACAUCCAAACUCUAAUUUUAUAUCAACUCAAAUAAAACCAUUUAUUGGACAUUCAACAAAUCUGAGUAUUGGAUUUCAAGGAUGCAUCAGUAAAAUUGAAACAAAUGGAAUACUUAUUGAUCCUAUUAAGAAUGCGAUAGGUGGUGUAAAUGUUUUAAAUUGUGCCGGACAAGAAUGUGGAUUUUCAAACCCUGUAUGUUUAAACAACGGAAAAUGUUUGCAAAACUCAAAAGGUUUUUCCUGUAUAUGCCCACUUGGAUUCCAGGGAAAGAACUGUAAAGAAAAAGUUAAUUGGCAAGGAAAGCAAUUAGCUGCAUUUGAAGAGAACAGUUUCGUCAAAUUUACAGCCAAUUCAUUGAACUAUAGACCAAAUAAUCGUCAUUAUCAUAUAUCGUUUGAAUUUCGGCUAUCUAAUAAAAGUUUUGGAACGAGUAUAACGUCUAUGAAAGAUUAUCCAUUGGCAAAGAAUACAACAUUCAAUUUGUUCAAACAAUAUUUAGUCUAUGGUGUAUUUCAAAGUGUACACCAAGUACAAAAUGUUUUAAUUCAACUUCUUCCCAGUAGAAGACUAAAAUUAGGCUUAGAAUAUGUACAAAUUGAAAAAGAAAUAGUCUCCUUAUCUAACCAAAAAAAUCAAUCUUUAAACAAUGACGAAUUAUGGAACACUAGUCGCAAUCAAUUCGGCCAACGUAGAUUAGUACAAAAGUAUGACAUUUCGGAGAUAUUGCAAUUGGGAUACUACUGGCAUAAACUUCUACUCACAAACGUUUUAAAGCUCCUAAGUGACAAUAUAACAUUUUUGGGACUAAAACGCUCAUCUGAUAUCAAGGAAACGUUUGUCCAUGGAGAUCAAAAUCAUUGA